UCUGCCCUCUUUGACCCAUUCCUAUCCCCCUACAUCAAAGCACAGACCUUAAAAGGCCUCUCCCUUCAACACUUACACAAGGCAAACUGAGAGAUGGUGAUGUGAGCUGCUUUCCUGCGACGAUGGCGAAACCAUGUAAGUUCCCUGGGACCUCCACGAUUCUGUGGGAGGCCCUCAGAAUCCCCUUCCGAAACCCGAACCUCAUCCUUCCCAUCCUCAUCCUAACCCUCGUGUCUUCUUUCUCCUCCCUCCUCCUCUUGGGAGACAGCCUCUCCAUGUUAUUUUUCUCGAGACCCGUCUGCAGCCGAGUCACGGAUCUCUUUAGCCUCCUUGCACAUGUCGAAGGGCUUAGCAUUCCGCAGUGGAUCUUGCUGACCCUUCUCUUCAUCGUCAUCUCUUUGUUAACGACUGCAACCAUCCAUGCGACUGCCAUGGCAUACACCGGGAAGCACCCAGCAACACCAAGCGAUGUCAUCCUGAAGACGAGACAUGCAUGGAAAGGGUCUCUCGUGACCCAAACCUGCAUCACCAUCCUGCAUCUGUGCUUCGUCCUGUCAACAGACCCCGUACUUGUUGGUCUGGCAAUCAUCUCAAAUAAUUCAAAGCUGCUGACUCUGUUGCUCAUCGUCGUAUCCCUCCUGGCAGUUUUUUAUUACCUGUACGUAGCUAUAGUUUUGCUGCUAUGUCUCGUGGUAUCGGCAAUAGAGGACGAGUGCUAUGGAACAGAGGCGAUGGGCAGGGCAUUGGAGCUCUUCAGCAGGAGCAGGAAGCAAGGAGUGGUGAUCGCUGUGCUCGUGGUCGUUGUCAGCAGUGUUGCCACUUUGGUGUCUGAGGUAGUCUAUUCUGCUCAGUCUGAUGGAAGCCAGUUGUUAAUUGGGCUCAUCCAUAUAGGCAAAGAUGUGGUGUUGAAUUUGUUGAUCUUAGCCACAAGUACGGUUCUGUACUAUGAGUGCAAGAAGUGCAUAGGAGAGGAGAAGUUCAUGGAGAUGGAUGGGCAUAUUGUACAUGCUAGUUUGCUUACUGAUGCUUAUGUUGAUGCAGUAGAAUUGCCAUGAAUGUGUUGUCGUGGAAAUUAUGAUCCAGUGUUUGUCGCAUAUUAGGGUUACUUGUUUCUAUUGGUGUUUGUCGCAUACAUCAAGUCAAAUGUAAAUGAUAUUGUUGCCAAAGUUACUGCAUUUGUGUAUUGACAUUAUCCACCAAAACCAAUGUAUUUGGGUAUUAUGAACA